UCUAGAAGAAUAUUCCACCUAUUUCUAAAAAAAAUGUUUUUUUGGGCAAAUUAUAUACGGUACAGCUUUGAGCUUUUGCGAUCAACGGGUAGUUAGCAGUUCUUACGCAAAAUUUAGUCCGCUCCACUCAUCUUGAUAAUCAGUAUGUACAGCUGAAGUGUGAACCAUGACAAAAAUGUGGAAAUAUUUAUUUUCAUAUGAUUCUCCGCAACGAAAUGAUCAAACAAAAGGCAAGAUCUUGAGAUUCAAUAUCAUUUUUGUUUGCUCUUUUUCGGUCAGUUGACAUGCCUGAUAUGUGGUUUUGGGUGAGUGGAUGGGUUCUAAUUUUAGUCACUGUGAUCGGCAAUGGUCUUGUGAUUUACCUCGUCAUGACAAAACCUCGUCUCCAUACCCCCGCCAAUUGGUUUAUCUUAUCGCUGGCUGUGGCCGAUCUGUGUGCAGGGUUAGCAUUCUUUCCACCCCUGUUCGGAGCCAAAUUGUUCUACACCGUCGACCUCACCCAUGCUGGUCUCUUUUUCAAGGUCAGCUUCGCCUUCUUGUAUUGCUCCAACACCAAUCUCUUCGCCAUGACGGUCGACCGCUUCCUUGCCAUCACAAAGCCUUUGCGGUACAUGUCUUACAUGACGAAAGAGACUGUUUGGGCAAUGAUUAUUACGGCUUGGACUGGCCCAUUUCUACUCUUCUUUUUGCCUUCCAUCUUCACCUACAAUCACAAUCCGACAUUUACCAUGUUCGUGGAAAUAUCCCGAGUGCUCAUUUUCCAGAUUCUGCCCCUCGUUAUCUUUGUCGCUGCGACCUCUCAUCUCCUUCGCAUUGCCUGGAAAGUCAACCGCCAGACACGGGAACUGAUUUCUCAAGUUCGCCACAACCAUGCUAUGAACAUGAGUGGACAGAACAUCCAGCGACCUGCAGUAUUCAGAGUGCAACACAGGAGUUCCACCGUUUUGAUCAUAUUGGUGAUGACCGCCUUCAAUAUCACGUACCUCGGAGGGAAUUACCGCUGUCUCUGCUUUCUCACUAAUUUAUGUCCCUUCGCAGGGACGCUCAGAUAUAUGGUUUAUCUGGUGCUGAUUGCCAACACUAGUGUCAAUCCAGUUCUCUAUUCCUUCUUUAAGAGUGAUAUUCAAAAAGAACUAUUUAAGUUGUUCUCAAGGUAGAUAAGUCAUACGUUAUGGCACAGCACGACUCAAAAAGAAAAAUAAAGCAGCCAUCUCGAAUUGCGUUUGGA